AUGCUUACUCCAACAGCCCUCAUGCUCGCAAUCGCCUGCGCAACUAGUGUCCAGGCAGCCUGCUGCCAUGCCAGGAGUUCCGAUGGUGGUUGUGGCGACGGCACCUUCGGAACUCCAUUCUGUGGCUUCAGAUCCUGUAACAUCUUUGGAUGCGGUGGCUGUCGCCCUGGCUUGAACCGCGCUCAGGAUCCCUUUGAGGAGAGCGCGCCCGACACCUGCAGGUAUGAUUCGACUUUCGACUUUGUGGCCGAUCCUGCGAUUGGAAGCGUCUCGCUCGCCGACUACCUGGCUUGGGCCGUGAAGUACCAGCACGCCGCCACCUAUAAUGGUUCGGCUUUGCAGCAUUGGACCAAUGUGUUCAACACAUACGAUGCUAAUGGCGACGGCAUGAUCGAUUUUGACGAGAUGCAUAGGCAGGCUCCGGAGAAGAAGCGUCUGUUUUACCAACAGGGGUUGAAAAAAUAG